AUGACAAACCAAAACACCCUUUCGUAUCAACAUAACUCCACAAUGAAAUCUUCUCUCCCACCACAAACUACUGGAAGUAGUACUACUUCGAUUCUUCAACGAUUGGAAUCCAAAAUGUUUCAAUUCUUCUCUGAACAAAGACAAUACGAGAAUCUCUCGCAACGACAAUGUGAAGAAUUUGAAACAAAACUUUUUCAGAGAGAAGAAGAAUGUCGACAAUUGUCACAAGAAAAUGGAAGACUCUCCAUGAAAGUGAAUGAAUUGAAUGCACUUCUCCAUCAAUAUACUUGGAACAUUGAAGAAAAGGAACAAAUCUUUCGACAAAAUCUUGAAAAACUUGAAACAGAUCAACCACAUUCAAACAUGAAGGAAGAAUCCACUCUGAAACAUUCGAUCGAAAUUUUGCAAUAUUUGAACAAGGAAUUGAAUCAAAACAUCGAUCGACUCAAACUCUUACUAGAAAGCAAUGCAUCCAUGAAAGAAAGUCUCCAACAACAAAUCUCUGAUUUGCAAGAACAAGUCGAACGAAAGGAAUUACUUCUUGCAGAACAAUUUAAAUCAUUUUCGAAUGAGAAAGCUCUUUAUUCUCAACGAAUGGUGUUGUUACACACUGAAAAUUUACAUCUCAAAACAAAAGUGCAAGAUUCUGAACGAAUGGCCUCUCAGUUAUUGAUUCUUAUUCAGGAUUUAAGGAAUGAAACAGAUGCUCUUCGAAAGGAUUAUGCACAGGCGUUUCAAACAUUGAAAAAAGAAUUCAAACAAUGUCAGAUUCGGCAAUUUCUGAAAAAAGGAAGUGUCAAGCAAUAA